AUGACGACGACUACAGUGGAGACCGAAGCCAACCCCCGAGGCAUCCCUGCCUUUCCUUUCAUGUACAAUGUGACCGACUACGUUAAGUCCGUCGAGGAGGUGGAGCCCACGCUGCAGCGAUUCCAAGAGAUGGUGUCCAAGUACACAUUCAUGCAGCAGAACGUGGAGCGUCGGGCGAUCGGGUUGAAGGAGAAGUUGCCGGAGAUGAAGCGGACGCUGGAGGUGGUCCGGUUUUUGAAAAAGAAGAGACGGGAUCUCGCCGACAAAAAGGGGGAUGAUGAUGAUGAUGAUGAUGAAGCAGGAAGUGACGAUUUACUCGGAGAGAAGUCCACGGGCAGAGACGAGAUCGAGACCACCUUCAGUCUGCAAGACACGCUGUACGCCAAAGCAGUCAUCAAGCCGGCCGAGAUCGACGAAGUCUACCUGUGGCUCGGCGCCAACGUCAUGGUCGCGUACCCUCUCGACGAGGCAGAAGAGCUCCUACAGGGGAAACUGGACAAGGCCAAGGAAAGUCUAAGUGCGUGCGACGAGGACCUCGAGUUUCUGCGGGUGCAGAUCACGACGCUCGAGGUCGCCAUUGCGAGAGUGCACAAUUGGGACGUGGGUGAAAAGCGGAAGCUGAGGGCCCAAGGGAAGCUGCCUGCGGGAGAUAGUGGGAGGGACAAGGACUGA